AUCACCUCUUUUCAGUGUACCUGUUACACCAUUAACUGCACUCUGAGCAUUUUUCUUAUUUUGGAAGAAAAAUGACAGGAAUCUCUUUUUGAGGAACUCGAGGAAAUCCUUUGUAAAACAAACCUCGAACACAUUGUUUGUGUUUCAGUACUCAAGGAAAUCCUUACUACAAGAAGUUGUGUAACUCUGUUUCUGAUAGCACAUAUUAGUAAUAAUAACUUACAUUUUACAUAGGUGGUAAUUCAGUUCUGGAAGUACUGCGGUAAUGAUUUACAGUUUAGUUUAACAGACCAGACUCUUAAUUCACUUCCAGAAUGUCUGCUUAUUUGGUGUGCAUGAGGUUGGGCAGUUAGAAUUUUGGUAUAAUAUUUGGAAGACAGGAAAACUGCAAAAAGUAAUCGUUUCUUCUGGAAAAGUAUGGGCUAAGUGAAACAGCCACUUUCUCCUUGGUAAUGGAAUUGCUGCUUUCCAAGCUAGCAGAAGUCGCUGCUUUCAGGUUUCCCCAAGAGGUGGAGUUGUGUUUCUUCUUACAGCGCUCUUUUGUAUGUGUUGGUUUGAUCAGAGAGUUCAGCUCUCCUCCAGAGAGAUGCACCUUUUCCCAAGGUACAGAGCCACAGCACACAGGCUUUACAAGCUGAAUGUAUUUGUGAUUGCCCUUUUUGUGUUAUUUUUCCUCGUGGUGUCUAUAACUGCAUGUGUAAAGGCUCAUCUUUUAAGCCUUGCUUAUUUAAAAAUCUGUUAAAAAUAAUUGUUAGUUCUAGUUUAAUUCAUAUUUAAUUACCUAUUACUCUGUUGUGAUGUCAAUAAUAAAUGGAGUGGCAAAUGGAGAAAAGGAACUUGGAACUGCACAGAGCUGGUGGUCCCCUGAUGUAGCUUUGCAACCUGGUAGAAUUGAGGUCAGUGCUGUUAUUCAUCACUGGCCUGGGACAUGGGGCAGCACCCAUAGCAGUUUGUGGAUAACACCAGACUGUGGGGAGCGGUUAAUAGCUGGAGGGCAGAGCUGGCACUCACAGGGACAUGGAUGGACUGAAGGCUGAUGGGGGACCUUGGGAAGUUCAGGAAACAUAAAUGUAAAAUUCUGCAUCUGGGCUGUGUGAAGCCUGGGAAUGGCUGACUGGAGGGUCCUGGUGGGGAGGAUGUUGUGUGCGUUUCCAAGCUGCGCCCUUGUUGUCAUGGUGAAGGCCAGCCUUGUACUGGGCAGUGACUGUACCCAGCUUUGGGCCUCCGGUACAAAAGCCACCGCCAACAGAAGAGACCAACUGAAGAGGGCAGCGGAGGGCUGCUGAGGUGCUCAGGGAACAAGCGGGUGAGAGGCUGGAGGAGCCCACGUGCCUGUGGCAGGGGGGUUGGAACUUGGUAAACCUUGAUGUCUCUUCCAACCCAGGCCGUGCUGUGAUUCAAUGAAACCAUUCCCUGUUAUUGUGGCUCAUUAUGGAGUAAAUUGCCCAACUGCAGCCAUGGCAGGCUUCUCAAUUUGAAACAAGACCCAGAGAAAACUGAUGUCACUUAGAAGUUAGCUUUCCUGUGAAUAAGGUAUCGAACCAGAGGCCUUCAGAGGUCUCUUCCAAACUUUAUUUCUCUGCUGUUUGAUGUGAAUGAUGUAAAAAACAGGUUUUGCCUUCUGAAGUGCGCUGGAAUCAAUUGUGCACGUGGUACUGUGUGUUGUAGUAUCUCAGUGGUGACUUAAGCUUCAAAGCAUGUGUGUUUUCUACCAGGAGUGUAACUAAAGCAGUUGGUGGUGAAGAUUGGUUUUACUGGAGUGAUGCAGUGGAAUCAGGUAGGAGAUGAGUUUUAAGUAAGAAACAAAUAGGCAAGAAGAAUUAGGGAGGGGUGAGUUAUAAAUCUCCCUUCCAUAGAAAGGAGAAGUAUGUUGAAAUGUGAUUUCUGCAUUUUCUUUGUUUGCUGAUGAAUACAGGGCAGGAUAAGGAGGUAUGACAGCAUCAUCUUAGUGUGCUGUAUGGGCAGAGAAAACCUAAGUUGGAGAGAAGCUGUUUGAUGGUACAGAGGUUGUUGAUUACCUCAGUUUCUCCUGGAAAUGAGCUAUCCUGUCUCCUGUGCUUGACACUUCAAGCAUUUGAAAUAAGAAAUGAGCAAAGACUCAGGCUUGGGGAUGCUGACCGGGUUUAAAUGUAGAAAUGGGAAGCUUUCCUUGGCUGUUAGUGAACUAACAAGAGUUUGGAAACCUCUCAUCUUUUAAUUUUUGGGUGUGUUUAAAAAACAGGGAGAUCCUUGAAGUUCUUGCUGUUCAGUAGCAUUUUCAGUGUAAAAACUUGAAUUACCAUGGCAUAACUACCAUGCUUAGGGAGUUAUUGGUGUUGAACUCCCAGUCUAUUUGAAAGGAGGAUCUGGAGGUGCUGAUAACAGAACUGUAAGAGAACAGCUUCUAUCUGGCUUUUAAAAGGCAAUUAAAGUGAAAUAAUUCAAACGGUACUGAGGCACUGAGCUUCAUUGCAGGACUGGCAUACAGGGAGGAAAUGGAAUUCCUGCUUCUGUGUUUUGGCUCCACAGAUGAGAUAGGACAUUUCCUUAUUUCCAAUCAGAUGCUAUUAGAAUGUAGUUAGAAUUGCAGGUGUAUAAUUAACCUUUUCCUGCAGUGCAGGCAGCAUUUCUAAAGGAAGAGGAGAAAGUAUUUAGAGAUGUGACAAAAGUGGAAUUUAAACGUCUCCUCAGAAGACACCUGGCAAUGUACAGAGUUGCUAAACUCAUUCAAUAGAAGUAAUGCCAGGGUCAGCAGGUCUCAGUUUUGCUGGGAGCUGUAGAGAUAGGAAUGGUUUUCUCACGAAUAGUUAGAAAUGUUUCGAGGCUGCUUAUCUGUUUUCUCCCAUCUCAGCUUUUCCAGUAGUUAAGCCAGAAUGAACUUCUGAAGCAGAGUGAUUAGGACCAUUGGUGGCAUUGCAGGUGUGAUGCCUGCACUGCGGGUUGCUGGAUCAUAGGCUGGCAGGCUAGCCUCCUUUCUGAUGCUCUGUAGGAAAACAGUGUAAGUACUCUUGUGAUAAACAUACGAAAAUAUUUAAAUAUGCUACCAUGAAUAGUUGUUUGAAGUCUAUGAGAUACAACAAUGGCACAUCUGUGGCAUGUCAGUUGGACAAAUCAUUGGUGCUUUUGUUUUCAUCACUUUGAUUCCUGCCAUGUGAGCUUUUCGUCACGUGGCUCUUGGAACACACGUCUUUCAUAGGGUUUGGUUUUUAAAGAAUCUGUUGGACCAGUUGUGGCUCCAUUUGGUUUCCUGCUCUGAAUGAUAUCAUCCUCUGAAGGAACAGUGAGAGUUAGUUGAGUAGAUGAGGGGUAGAGUGACACUUUGCAGUACAGCUACGUUCAUUCAUUCAUUCAUUCAUUUAAAAGUGGGAUGUAUAGAUCAGUUUCUUCUAUAGCAACCAUCCUAGCACAUCAUGAAAGUAGUUUGCUUUUUAAAGAGCGAUUAAAAUUGAGUUCAGCUUGCUUUAGGCACUGUGUGUUCGAGCAGGUCUCUGUGCGUGCUUCCUUUGCUUUGCUGUGUAAUUAAAAAACAAAUGCCCAAACCAACUUGAUUCUCCUCACUUUAGAAAGUGCACCUUAUUUUGAUUUGGAAAGUCAGUGCAACAUGUGUGCAUUGAUGCAAAUGGCUUAGAAAAUCUGUUAGUUAAUGUACCCUUCUUAGAUCACUUUUUGGGCUAUCUUCCAACUAUUAAAACAUAUCUAUAUUUAAAAACCAUGCUUGAAAAUACGAACCAAUUGACAGAUGCAGUCUUUCAAUAAUACACGAUUCAGGUGUUUACGUUUGAGGCAGAACAGUGAUCUGUGAGUGCUUUGUGUCUUCCUUAAGAGCAGCACCCUGUGAAGCUCAGUGUGAGAAGUGUUGUGCACUACACAGUAACGGCUUUCACUGCAGCUCCUGACUGUAAGAUCCACGUUUGCAUGGCACUGCUGAUUAACCUUUGGUUUGUCAGAACUCCUGGGUUUGGUUUUGUUUUCCCAAAUCCGAUUGACAUUUGUCACCAGUAUUUUUCAGCAUCUCAUUUUUAUUAGCACAACAGCUGAGACCUCUCUCAAUUGCUACUAAAACAGGCAGAAAAUGCUCUCUGAGAGGGAAAGCAUGGUAGUGAGCUGGAGAUACUAAAAAAGCAGAAUUUGGUUCACUCAACUUUUUUGCUGAAGUGCAUCUGCAUUUUUUUGGCAUGGAUUCUGUUCCUGAUUUAGCACAUGGAGCGUGUUUCAGAAAUAGGUCGUCUGUUAAAUCCGGACAGAGUCCAUACUGAGAAGUGAGGCAGAGAGAAAAGGGAGGUCAGCAGCACUGCUCGCUGCUUUUCCUGAUGCUUGAAUGUAAACUGCAGGGGAAAAAGGAAUCUCCGCAACGGAUGCGUGCAUCACAAGAGGUGUAGUAAAAGGCAAAUGCUUUCUUUGCUUUAUAAAUGUGCUUUAAGAAGUAGAACCCAAAGAGUAUGAGAAUUGAUGCUUCCAAUGCUGCUGUUCAGCUCAGCCUUCCUUCCAGUUCUCAUGGAAUUUUGACAUUUAAUACAAUCUCUUCAAAGCAGUGAUGCCAUUUAUUUACAGUGUGCUGCUUGUGUUCAUGGCUGCAUCCCUCAGACCUAUUCCAGUAUGCUGGUUUCUGUCCUUUUAAAACCAGACCUACACACAGUCAUUUAAAAAACUAUUGUGAAGGUUUGUUUGUAGGUCAUACAGCAUUUGAAAGUUGUAUUCAUGGUUUGGAAAGGAUGUGUAAAUACAGUUGGGGGCUUAGUGCUGAGUGCAGUCUGACAGCUUAAUUAAAAGAGAGGAGGUGGCAAAGUUCCUUGAACGGAGCCUUUGUAGAUCCUUUUGUUGAGAGAAAAUGAAGUUUCUUGUUAACUCAGUCUGUUUAGUUCUGAGAAGUUAUAAAUAACCUGUUCUGUGUAACUGGGUUAACUUGUGAAUACCUGCAUGGAAAGAUGGGGGGACAGAAGGAAAACGUUCACGUGUGCUGUAGUUGUAUUUCAUUUUCCAACAACUCACACAUUGUUAAUUUACUGUCAGGUUAUAAUCAGUUUUUUAAUUUAGGGCUACAGAAGUUGGUCAUUUGUGUAAAUGGAAAUUUAUUGAACUUGGCUCUUGAAUUCAGCUUUACCAAAACAUACCUAAAAGUGGUAGUGCAGCAGCCAUGCACUCUGCAGAUGAUGGCCUUAGGACUGACAGGUGUUGGAUUUAAUAUGUGUAUGAAGAGGAAACAGAGCAAUCUUUUAGCUGGAGCACUCCAUGAAGCUGAUUAAGGCUCAGAUUUGCCUAUCUUUAUGCUCCUGCUGUACUUUCAGGUUUCCCAGCACAAACAUAAAGAUAACAUUCACUGCUCUGUCCAAUGAGAAGAGAGAAAAACAGGAGGCCCCGGAGUCCCCAGUGAAGCCUGUGCAACCCCAGAUCUCUCCCUUAACGAUAAACAUUCCAGACAACAUGGCUCACCUGAUCAGCCCUCUCCCUUCUCCCACAGGAACUAUCAGUGCUGCAAAUUCCUGCCCAUCUAGCCCCCGUGGUGCAGGCUCUUCAGGGUACAAAAUGAGUCGUGUGAUACCAUCUGACCUACAUUUAAUGGCUGACAAUUCUCAGUCAGAAAAUGACAAGGAGGCAUCGGGUGGAGACAGCCCAAAGGACGACUCCAAGCCACCUUACUCCUAUGCACAGCUAAUAGUACAAGCAAUUACAAUGGCACCUGAUAAGCAGCUUACACUAAAUGGAAUCUAUACGCACAUAACUAAAAAUUAUCCAUACUACAGGACAGCAGACAAGGGCUGGCAGAAUUCAAUACGUCACAAUCUCUCUCUGAAUCGUUAUUUCAUCAAAGUACCACGUUCCCAGGAAGAACCAGGCAAAGGCUCAUUCUGGAGGAUAGACCCUGCCUCUGAAAGCAAAUUAAUAGAGCAGGCUUUUAGGAAAAGGCGGCCUAGGGGAGUACCUUGCUUUAGAACCCCUCUGGGACCACUCUCUUCUAGAAGUGCCCCAGCCUCUCCUAAUCACUCUGGAGUGCUGUCUGCACACUCCAGUGGAGUCCAGACCCCCGAGAGUCUGUCCAGGGAAGGAUCUCCAGUCCCAAUGGAACCUGAGCCUAGUGCUAUCCAGCCAAAACUAGCGGUAAUACAAGAAGCACGAUUUGCACAGAGUGCCCCAGGAUCACCUCUAUCUAGCCAACCAGUUUUAAUUACUGUACAACGGCAGCUACCACAAACUAUUAAACCCGUCACCUACACUGUUGCAACUCCUGUGACAACAUCAACAUCCCAGCAGCCUGUAGUUCAGACAGUUCAUGUUGUUCACCAGAUACCAGCUGUGUCUGUCACAAAUGUGACUGGAUUAGCACCAGCAAACACUUACACUGUAGCUGGACAGGCAGUAGUCACGCAAGCUGCAAUGGUAACCCAGCCCAAGGUAGAACCUCAAGAGAAUGGAGACCACAAGGAAGUAAAAGUGAAAGUGGAGCCUAUACCUGCUAUUAGCCAUGCUACAAUCGGAGCUGCUAGUCGUAUCAUUCAGACAUCUCAGACUACACCUUUACAGACAGUCACUAUAGUGCAACAGGCACCUCUAGGUCAACACCAGCUACCAAUAAAAACUGUAACGCAAAACGGAACGCACAUAGUACCCAUCACCACUGCAAUACAAGGGCAGGGCAAUGCUGCUGCUGCAAGUCCUUUGCAUAUGUUGGCAACCCACGCGUCCGCCUCGGCAUCGCUUCCAACAAAGCGCCAGAAUGGAGACCAGUCGGAACAGCAGGAACUGAAACGUAUCAAAACAGAGGAUGGGGAGAGCAUAGUGAUAGCUGUUAACGUGGACACCCCGCCUGUGGCAGUGAGCGAUAAAGGCAGCCAGAACUAGAAACUUAGAGUUUGCUUUCUUUCUUUCUUUCUUUUUUUUUUUUUUUUUAAACAAACAAAAACAAAAAAACACACACAAAAAAAAAAAAACCAACAACAAACUCCGUGGUGCCAAAAGGAGACACUUAAAUAUAACACCUAAAAUCUUGGAACAUGUUCUCACGCAGUGGGGAAAGGGGCCCUGUGAUCAGACUUCAACGUUCAGCACUGAAAAAUAAACCAACACAGGUGGCCUUAAAACUUGGUAACUUAAAGUCAAACUGCAAAACAUGUUGUUCCAGAGGCUGUGACCCCGCUCCUCCCUGCCCCUAUGAACUGUGUGCGCUGAGAAGUACAGUGCUGGGGAGGGCUGCAGCUUUAAAAAAGUCUUUAUCAGAUGAUUUUAAGGACUGAGCAUCUCAGUGUAACGGCAGCAUGAUAAGCGCUUAGUGUGAACUGGUUUCAAACGAUUGUAUAUUCCUCAAAGGGAACAGAGGCAAGGAGCCAUUUCCUACAUCUUGGCAGCUAGCCUUUCAUAAUGACCUACCCAAUGCAGUUGUUGGUAGAUAUGCAGUAUUUUGUUGUUCACAUGUGGAAUUAGAAAUUUUUGAGGUGUAUUUUCAUUUCUUUGCAAAACGAUGGGGUCUUUGACAUUUCAAAUCACUCCAUUUCUACUCCGGAAACUUUGGAAUCACACAAUACUUUUCAUGUGAAAUUUUGUUUGGUAAAAAACUGAAUGUAGGGUUUUUUUAACCGACGGAAUGAUUUACUUUUGUCUGUCCUCUUAAAGUUCAGAUAAAGCUACUUUAUUACAUCUGCAAAUUUUCAUAUUUUAGCAGUUGCCUGAUAAAUUUAAUCAAAUUUUAUUACCAUGUGUAGUGAUCAAAUGCUUCUUUGGGCUUGCAUGUAACUGAUUAGAAAUUACGAUGUAAAUGAGCCGUUAACUGACGUAAAGAACUGCUAUGAAUUUGACCAGAGCUGCACUUAUCUGUUUCUCUCUCUGCUACCUUUUGCUGUUUGUUACUUUGUGUUGACUUUGACUGUCCCUGGCAUAUUUUUCCAGUCUAAAGUAAAACGAGAGUCUCGCUUAAUAUUGUGUAUGUUUAAGAUAACAGACUGUUCUUCAUUUAGAAAAGAUAAAAUUCUUUAUCACGAGUCCUUUUAAAAAGAGAGUUAAAAUUAUCUUGUCAGAGGUAUAUUCGAUAUUUUUAAGCUUAAGCACCCAUCUGUAGGAAUUAAUCUGACCAGUUUUCUCCGUAACACUUCUGAUGUCAAACACUGACCCGGGUCUCCAUCCACAGUAGCUGUUGUGGUUUUCUAACAGUGGCUACCGAAUGAUUACAAUAAAGAAGACUUAAGUGUGUGUUCUGCAGUUGAACAUUUUAAAAUGUAGUGGCAAUUUCUCACUUUAAUUGUGGUAAUAGAUUCCACUUUACAGUAAAAAACGCGAGCUGAGCGCGAGGCUGCUGUUCAGUCUUCAGUUCACAUCAUGUCUUAUUUCUUCUCGCAGCACGGUGAGUGAGCGCUGCACAGCUGGCUUGAUUUGAACCUGAUUUUUGUCACUUUCUGUAAUAAUGAUGCAUUAUUUAUAUUUCCUUUUCCGCUACGAAAGGAAAAGAACUGUGUUUUCUCGACGGACUGAACAGUUUGGAGUGGUUUAUUGAGGCAGCUUUUGGAACUAUUUACCUAAAGACCAAAUACGAGAAAUCUGUACAAGUUUUGUGUUCAUCCACAAAAUGGAACUGUUACAAUGAUGUCUCUGCAGAUAAUACAUAUUAAAAAUCUAUUUAAAAAAACCAACAACAGAACUCUACACAAGCUGAAUUUAUAACAGGCAUUUAAAACAAAGAGCGUAACCUGAAAAAAAACCAUUUCUGUAAAACUGCAAGAUUUUCUUUAGAGGUUUUAAAAAUAAAAAAGUAAAGUUUUAACAUACUUUUUUUAAGAAAACAAAAUCCAGUACUAGUAAUUUAAUUUGGUGUUGAAUGAAUCGAUUAGAAUGUGGUUUAUUUUCAGAAGUGAGAAUCUGUUCACAACUAGGGCUAGGUGAAUAAUAGUGUAUAAGAUUUUUUUAAAUAAAAUUAAAUUUUAUUCAGCAAA